CGUGGUUGCUAUGGACGCUCGAGGGGGGCGGGCCUUCCUCCCGGAAGGGACGCGCUCUCGUCACGCGCGUCCGCGCCCAGGUCGCGGGGCCUGCGGGAUGGAAGUGGAGGAGAUGCUCUUUGACUUGGACGAGGAAGUCGGCAAGGGGGGAGGCGCGGUGGUGAAGAUGGGUCGACGAGCCGUUCAAGAUUCCUUCCCAGAAGAAAAUCAUCUUAGCCCUUCAGCUGAAGAGGAUGACGACACAGAAGAAAAGUGUCCUCCAUCUAAGCCUCCUCCCCGGAAGGGAGGAUGGGCAUGCCAAGGUGACACUAGUGUUUCCAGGGUAUCAAAGAAAUAUGCAGAACAACCAGAAGAAAGCCAUCUGAAGCAGAAGAGCUUGGAGGAGUCCAGUGAUGGAGGAGAUAUUCCAGUGAUUCCUGACCUGGAAGAAGUACAAGAUGAAGACUUUGCCAUGCAGGUGGCAGCCCCACCCAGCAUCCAGGUGAACAGAGUGCUGACCUACCGUGACUUGGACAAUGACCUCAUGAAAUAUGCUGCUUUCCAAACCUUGGAUGGAGAGAUUGAUCUGAAGCUUCUCAGCAAAGUUCUAGCCCCAGAGCAGGAAGUACGAGAGGAUGAUGUCAUCUGGGACUGGGACCAUCUCUACACAGAGGUGGCCUCUGAGCUUCUGAGCGAGUGGGACCUGGGGCAGUCUGAAAGGGAGGAGGCCCCCACUCUGAAUAAGGCCACCUAAGGUUGAGCUGGCUGGUUGCACAGCUGCCAGCUACUAAGUCAGAACUGUAGAUUAUUAACACAUUAUUUUUUUAAAAUAUAUGUUUUGAAUCUGAGGACUUAUUUUGGUCUGUAUAAUAAAGUGAAGCCAUAGCUUUACCAAAAGACUGAUUUUAAUGGAACUUGACAGGA